GACCAAACAGAAAGACAGACCAUCCCUACGUUAUCAUCGCAUACAAUCCACCACCACCCACCACACCACACCACACCUCCAAGACCACUCACACCCCAUCCAUCCAAAUGGACGCCCAAGCCUACCUCCUCCGUCACGGCUGGUCCGGACCCGGCAACCCGCUCAACCCCAACCGCCAAGGCGGCGCACGCGGCGGCCUCGGCCUCACAAAACCCAUCCUCGUCGCGCGCCGACAAGGCAACCAGGGCGUUGGCAAAGUCACCACCAAAGACCCCACGAACCAGUGGUGGCUGCGCGGGUUUGAUGAUGCGCUGAAGGGGAUGGGCUCUGAUGCGCCUGCGUCUGGGCCGUCAGCGCCGAACGCGUUGUCGAGUGAGUUGUAUCGGCAUUUUGUGAGGGGGGAGACGUUGGUGGGGACUUUUGAGGCGAGGAAGAAGGAGGAAGAGGAAGAGAAGCGGAAGAAGAAGGAGGAGGAGAAGAAGAAGAGGAAGAGGGAUGAUGAUGGAGAUGAAGAGACGAAGGAGGAAAAGGAUGGAGAGGAAUCAACAGCGACGUCCGUACCGCAAUCCUCUGAUGAGACGACCGGAGCCGAAAAGGAGAGCAAGGAAGAACGACGACAGAGGAAAAGGGAGAAGAAGGAGAAGAAGGGAAGGAAGAAGGCCGAGGACAGUACCGGCGAGAAAGAAUCUUCAUCAUCCUCAUCUUCAUCCCGGAAAGAGACCAAAGAGAAGAAAAAGAAGAGAAAAGCAACCGACCCAGAAGACAACUACCCGACACCAGCAUCCACAGAGCCAGAACAAGACGAGACAGCGGACCUGAAAGAAGCCUCGAAGCAAAAGAAAAAGGAAAAGAAGGAAUCGAAGAAGCGAAAGAAGUCCGACAAAGAAGCAUCCUCCGACGACAGCACAAAAACCAAGUUGAAAAAGGCCAAAAAAGAGAAGAAAUCUGCCGAAGCAUGAGCGACAUAAUCACAUAAUUCUCAUUCCUGUGAUGCAUAAAACAGGGCACACAGCAUGCAUAUAUAUAGAGCUUGACUUGAA